AAAUGGCCUGCUCUGAUGGGGACAGGCAGGAAGUCCUUUGGGGCAUUUCUGUUUCAUCACAGCUUUUCCUGGGGCUGGAAGCUGAUCAGUAUCUGCUUUGGGGACCUGAACCCUUUCCCCCUACGCCAGAUCCGGAACCGACGCGCCUACCACUUGGAGAAGGUCCGGCUGGAGCUGACCGAGCUGGAGGCCAUCCGUGAGGACUUCCUGCAUGAGCGGAACACCAGCCCUGACAAGGGUGAGCUGGUCAGUGACGAGGAGGAGGAUAUCUGAGUGGGCUCCGGGACGCUGCUCUUCCUGCCUUCACAACCAAAGUGUGCCCAAAGGGUGAAAGCACGCUUAAAAGCCAGAAUGUAACGCGUGUGGCCUCUGGGGAUCUGCUGGGCAGAUGUCCCAAGCCAGGCUGCACUUCCUCAUUUCCCACUGUGCGGGGGCAGGGGUGGGAGGUCUAAUCUGUUUACAGCCAUUUCUGUGCCAUGCUUUUGGUUACACGUAUCUCAGUCAUGCUUUCUGCCUGAUGGGUGGAUGCUCGGGCUUACCAGUGGCUAUUUGCAAGAGCCUGUU